AAAGAUAAACAUCUAGAAAAUAUUGAAACCGGAAUUAUAUUUCAGGGUGACUAAACUCGGCCGAUACCUACCGUAUGACGGUGUAUAUCGAAACAAUUUGUAGUUCCAUAAAUAAAAUGUGAAAUCACUUGUCUGUAAUAAAACAUAUUGCAGGAAAAUGUCCAGCUCGGAAGAAUCUUUCGAUUCGCACAAGAAGAAGCAUUCAAAAAAACAUGGACAUAAAAAGAAAAAUCGAGACAAACAUGAAACCCGAAUGAAAGAGUCACACAAGGACAACAAACAUAAGAAACAUCGUUCAAAACAUAGGCAUUCGUCCAAAGACGCACAAGAAGAAAGAUAUUCAAACCCAACUUCAUCAGAUUAUAAAUCGGAAUCGAGCCGGGAUAAAAUUCUUCAUCACAGUUCCCCUAGUGAUAAUCGAUCUCCCACUGUUACACCUUACCAACAGCCACAUUAUCAGUGUUUAGACUUUAAAAAACACCGCCAUUCUUUAGAUAAAAUAUUUUUUUCCGAUGACUCUGUUAUUAAAAGAAAUUCUCAUUCAUAUUCAGAUUUUUGGUCUUUUCUUGAGAAAUACUUGUUAUUUCAACAAAAGACGGCAAAACCUUCCAGAAUAGAGAGACCACCUGAAUCUGUUAGUGAACAUUUAAAGAUCUCAUCUGUCUACAAGAAAAGCUACAAAAUUAAUUUGGAUUUCAACAACAGAAACUUAACAGAUUUUCUUACCAAGAAACGAUUACCAGAUGAAGAUUUCAAAGAAUCUUUUACGGAAGAACUUGUUCUGGAAUUCAAAAAUAUUAUACUUCAUUACCUUGACUUUGUACAAAAACAGAAAUUUUCUAAAUUGAAGAAGUUACAACGCGACAAACAGAAUUUACCAAUAUGGAAGUACAAGCAGAACAUAAUUAACCAAGUCAGGGAUAACCAGGUUGUGCUUGUUGCUGGGGACACAGGAUGUGGAAAGUCUACUCAGGUACCCCAGUAUUUGUUAGAAGCUGGCUAUAAGAACAUCGCUUGCACUCAACCCCGUAGAAUUGCUUGUAUUUCACUUUCAAAAAGAGUCAGUUAUGAAACUUUGAAUGAAAAUGGGUCUCAAGUUGCCUAUCAGAUUAGAUUUGAAAAAACAAAAAGGCAUGACACAAAAAUUCUGUUUCUCACAGAAGGUCUCCUGUUGAGACAGAUGUCAUCUGAUAUCUACCUUUCUAUGUAUGAUGUCAUUUUGUUGGAUGAGGUUCAUGAACGCCAUAUUUUUACAGACUUUCUAUUAGGUAUGCUUAAAUGUUUGCUGACUCAGCGCAAAGAUCUUAAGGUUGUGCUUAUGUCAGCAACAAUCAACAUUGGGCUUUUCAGUUCAUAUUUUGACAAUGCUCCUGUUGUCAAGGUACCAGGAUGUCUGUUUCCAAUUCAGCUGGAAUAUCACCCCAUACCAGUUGACACAUUCGAUAAACAGUCUUCCAAAAUGGACUCAGCUCCAUACCUUCGCGUUAUGCAAACCAUUGACCACAAGUUUCCACAUUCAGAGCGAGGGGAUCUCUUAAUCUUUCUCAGUGGCAUGACUGAGAUUAUGACUCUUGUUGAUGUGGCUCAAGUUUAUGCACAGCAAACUAAGUCUUGGAUUAUACUUCCUUUACACAGUUCACUUUCUAUUGAACAACAAGACAAAGUUUUUGACAUUGCUCCUGAUGGUGUACGCAAAUGCAUUGUGUCCACUAACAUAUCUGAGACUUCUGUGACAAUAGAUGGUGUUCGGUUCAUUAUUGAUUCAGGAAAAGUGAAAGAAAUGCAUUAUGACAACAAGUUUAAAAUGAAACGGCUAAAGGAAUUCUGGAUUAGCCGUGCCAGUGCUGAGCAGAGGAAGGGAAGAGCAGGUCGUACUGGACCAGGUAUCUGUUACCGUUUGUAUAGUGAAGCUGACUAUGAAGCGCUGGAGAAGUAUUCUACACCUGAAAUACUCCGAGUACCUUUAGACUCAUUAGUAUUACAAAUGAUCUCUUUGGGACUGCCUGAUUGUCGAAGAUUUCCUUUCAUUGAACCUCCUGAGGGAUCUUCCAUUGAAAACUCACUCAUAUAUCUACAGGAACAGGGAGCUUUAAAAGAAGAUGAGAAAUUGACACCAAUUGGUGAGAUGCUGUCUAAAUUACCAGUGGAUGUUGUGGUUGGCAAGAUGUUGAUAAUGGGAUCUUUAUUUCAUAUGAUUGAUCCUGUAUUAUCAAUUGCUGCUGGACUUGGUGUGCAGACUCCCUUUGUUUCUAAAACUCGGACUGAUGUUGAAAUAGAAGCUGCUCGCAAACAUUUAUUCUCCGACCAUGGUGAUCCCUUCACACUCCUGAAUGCUUUCAAUGAAUGGAUCCAGGUGAAAGCCAAAGGAGAAGGAACAAAGAAAUGGUCAAAGAGGAGAGGCCUUGAAGAACAACGAUUCUAUGAAAUGAUUAAGUUGAAAAAUCAGUUCAGUAAUCUACUGAAGGAUCACCAGUUAUUGCCUGAAGAAUCCUCAGAACGAUUUUACACAAGUGAAGAACGUAAAGAUUGGUAUCGUAAAAGGAAACAACUACAUCAACUAAAGAGAGAAGAACGAGGCAAUAUGAAGAAACGAAAAUUUUUAAAAUUUGAAGAGGAGAUCACCAUAUUGGCAAGCAGUGAUGAAGAUAAAGGCAAUACAGUGCAGGACAUCAAAGAUUUGGAAUUUCGAGUAACACAGGAUCUUAACCAGUUGCAGGAAAGGAGCCAUAAGAGCCAGACCUUAGAAAUUCGUCAGGUUAACUUGCUAAAGAUCAUCCUCUGUAGUGGCCUUUAUCCCAAAGUUGCUAUUGCAGAUGACUGUAACAACUACAAACCUAAUUCAGAACAAGUAUUCCAUACCAAAAAUAAAGGCUUCCUUUUACUUCACCCAACAUCUGUGUUCUCCAAUCAACCAGACCUACUUGAACUUCCAGAUAAUGAUACCAAAGUAUACUCAGGCCAGAAAGGUGUGAUGAGUUCUAAACAUGAAUUGCUAUCAUUUGUUUCCAUUCUUGAAACAAAUAAACCAUACCUAAUGAAUGUGAUGCGAGUACCAGCUUUGCAAACAACACUGCUAUUUUGCUCCAGCCUGGACAGUAAUUCACAAUGUACCAGAAUAGUGUGUGAUAGUUGGCUUGAAAUAUCAUUUGCUGAAGCAGAUGUUGCCCAACACAUAAUAUCAAGUGUUUUGCAUCUCAGAGCCGCUUGGAAUAAUUUACUCAAGUUAAGGCUUGAAGCAACAAAUAAAGACGCAUCAAGUUAUCGAAAAUUAGAGCAAGUUUUAGUGAAAAAAUUGACUGAAUUCCUUAGCAGUAAAGUAUUAUACAGCAUUCGGAGAAUACUGACAGCUGAACUGGAACAUCUUUAUGUUGGAGCCCAAGUUACAGACUAUUCACUCCCGAGUAUUUUCAAAAGCCAAGCGGAACACCAACCGCACCCUGUAAAAGGUGGAGUCAUUGUUAACAGCUUUUUUGUUUAUAACUGUCUUCAUGAUAGCAACGUUGCAUCUGCUUGGAGUCAACAAACCAGCCAUCUUCAAUGUCACUGGACAUGUCCAAAGUGUGAGAGGAAGUUUAUUGUAAGCGUAAUUGAACGACUGCAACAUGAAAGUACUUGUGAAUUUGCUGAAUCUUCAAGAGAUAAUGAUAACAAUGAUGAUGAUGAUGAAAAUGUAAGUCAUAAAAAUCCUUUGAAGCAGAAGUUCGAAUGUAGUGACUGUGGGAAAACCUUUCAGUUCACUGCCACAGAAAUUCUGAAGCAUAAAAGACUUCACUGUGUUGGAGCAGAAUAACAAAUGCAAAUUGUCAAACAGAAAUCCUUUUUAUUUUCAAGAAAUAAAUUAUUGAUUUUCCAUUUUUUAAAA